CUGAUUGGUGGGAACGAAAGGCAAGGGCGGGACUUCCUGCCUUUGGGUGAGGGGGCGGAAACUGUCGGCUGAUGCACAACCAAUGAGGAAGGGAAAUUGACACACACCGGGACGAGUCCCAAUUGGUUGGGACUGAAGACAGUCUUGUAAAGGACAGAUUCUUGGACCAAUUAAAAGGUCCUCCGGGUGGCGGCGAGGGGACGUGGCCGCGGUUCUCCACCGGUUGGUCCUGGAUUCCGAUUGCCGUGCCGGACGCCACCGGUCGGGGCACCUUCCGCAGAAGUUUGCGAGAGUGUUGGGUGACGAGCUGGCCCACUCCGUUCACUGGACAGCGAGGAGGUCCCUCGGGCUCCAGGCAGAGAGAAGCUGUCCUCCCCGAUCGGCUUGGGGCUCCCUCCCUCCCCCUCAGCUCAGGAUCGAUAGCCAGCUUCUUGUGUGGGGAGUGAUGGCUGAUUUAAUUGGGAGUGCAUUACAGAUCUCUCUCCUCCGAUUGUAUUAGCCAGGAGGCCCCCGGGAGGAUUGAGGGCAGAUUCUCCCAGAAGUGCCUUAUCUCUCCACCGCCGUAAUGACGUGUUCGCUGGCGGCAAUCGCAUUUCACAGCACUCUCUAGACGAUAAUGCUCUUGCGGCUUCUUCCCCGCCUCGCCAGUGAGUCGCUGCUGCCUGCGCGCUGGCACGGUCUCCCCGACCCUUCCCGACCCGCAGCGAGAGAGGCGUGCAGACCCUCCCCCUCCCCUGCCAUGGGCUUCCUGGAGAAUUUCUUCACCUACGAGACCCCCAAGUCGGUGGUAGUGAAGAGCUGGACCGUCGGCAUACUGAACCGUCUGAUGCAGCUCCUGAUCAUCGUCUACUUCGUGGGCUGGGUAUUUCUGCACGAGAAGGCUUAUCAAACGAAGGAGACAAACAUUGAAUCCUCAGUUAUUACAAAGGUGAAAGGAUUUGGGAGAGCACAUUUCGAAAACGAUUCUGAACGUGUCCUCGAUGUGGCUGACUAUGUCAUCCCACCACAGGGGUCGUCAGUGUUCUGCAUCAUCACCGCAAUGCGAAUCACCGACAACCAGCUUCAAGACGUCUGUCCUGAGGUCAGUCGUGUGUGUGUGAGUGUGUGUGUGUGUGUGUGUGUGUGUGUGUGUGUGUGUGUCUGUGUGUGAGUGUGUGUGUG